ACGGGGGCCGGAGAGUCCUAGUCCGAGCAGCCUGGCCUGUUCUCUGAUACCGACCCUCCCCGGAGACCCACCGGCGCCCCAGAGGACACAGAGACAACGGUGUCACACGUGGCCUUGGACUGGGCGCCAUGGACGCCAUGGACGCCUUCACCCGCUUCACCAACCAGACCCAGGGCCGGGACCGACUCUUCAGAGCCACUCAAUACACAUGCAUGUUGCUUAGAUAUUUGUUAGAGCCUAAAGCUGGCAAAGAGAAGGUGGUAAUGAAGCUCAAGAAACUGGAGUCCAGUGUGAGCACUGGUCGUAAAUGGUUCAGACUAGGCAAUGUGGUACAUGCUGUACAGGUGACUGAGCAGAGCAUUCAUGCCACUGACCUGGUACCCCGCUUAUGCCUAACAUUAGCCAACCUGAACCGUGUGAUUUAUUUCAUCUGUGACACCAUCCUCUGGGUGAGGAGUGUAGGCCUCACCUCUGGCAUCAACAAAGAGAAAUGGCAAAUGUGGGCUGCCCGCCACUACUACUAUUCUCUCCUGCUGAACCUCGUCAGGGAUCUGUAUGAAAUCUCCCUGCAGAUGGAACGGAUUGCACACGACAGGGCAAAGAGGGAGAAAUCCCAGGAUCCUCUUGGGCACAGUGUGGCUGAUGAGGAAACAGAAUGGCUCCAGUCCUUUCUCCUUCUCUUAUUCCAAUCUCUGAAGCAGCAUCCUCCCUUGCUCCUGGACACAGUGAAGAACUUCUGUGAUAUCCUGAACCCUUUGGACCAGCUGGGGAUCUAUAAGUCCAAUCCUGGCGUCGUUGGACUUGGAGGUCUUUUGUCUUCUAUAGCAGGCAUCAUCACCAUGGUAUAUCCUCAAAUGAAGCUGAAGAUCCGCUAGGGUGUUUUUAGGCUGAGGACUAGUACUAGCUUUAAAAGAUGGCUUCUUAGUGGAGUGGACAUUUGCAUUAGUCACAGACCAUGCCAUACUGUACUCGAGUUCUUGUUCACAUGAACAUUUAGGGGCCUGUGAUGUGAGCAGAGGUGGGGCCAAGAAUGGAGAAGCGGGAAGCAUGAUGAUUUAUGUAUGUUUUUUAGAGUACUAGAGUGACUUCUGAAUUUCUGAAUAUUUUCUCUUCAUUUAACAAUUAUCGAGCAUCUUUUAUGUACGUAGUAGGAGCUAAGUGAAUAAAAAUUGAAAGGAAAAAAAAUUGGAAAA